GACCGAGUUUGCUCCAAGUGUCCUGUUCUAUUGACAAACGUCGUGUCUUUGGUCCCAAAGAUCGACAAAAUUAGUAUCCUAAUAUCCCAAAAGAACUUUGAUUACAUCUUCUUUACGGAGACCUGGUUACGAGAAUCCGUUGGAGACAAUCACUUGACACUAAACAACUGCAAUCUUCUUCGGCGUGAUCGCUCCCCAAGGUACACAUGGAGGAGUUUGCAUGUAUAUAAAAGAAUCUAUCAAGACCAGGAGACUACAAGAGCUUGAAGAUCCCGCCUUCGAAGUCCUAUUGCCCUACAUCAGACCCCCAAGAUUACCAGUAGGGAUUAACUGCGUCGUCACCGCAUGUGUUUACCACCCACCUAGUUCUAACGAUACUGGAAUCUUGGAGUACUUGUCCGAUGCCAUCACGCGUGCUGAAGGUCUAUUUCUUGCUUGCGGUAUUAUUAUCGCCGGCGACUUUAACCAAUUGGACACAAAACAUCUUUGUCGAGAUUUCCGCCUAAAACAACUUGUCCACCAACCAAACCGCGGUGCUAACAUUCUGGAUCUAGCGCUCACCAACAUGCAUAAUUUCUAUGAUUCAAAACCAGUCGUACUUUUACCACCCUUUGGCCUAUACGACCAUAAUGCUGUUGCAGUUUGGCCGAAAACUAGAGCAUCUUCUAGUACUCCAAGCAUGAAAAUAGUCAUUAAAAGAGACACCUGCCCAUCGCGUAAAAUGAAACUUGGUCGAUACCUAUCCGAAAUCGAUUAG